CCCAGGUGGGGCUCCUGGGGACUGUUCUUGUGCAGGCCCAGGAGCUGCACCUGAUGAUUCUUGUGGGUCCUCUGUGAUUCUGCAGCAUCAGCUCUGCAGUCAGGAUGCAUCUCUCUAUUUGGACUGCAGUCCUUCUAGGACUCGUCCUGACUCCAGCCCUUGCUGAUUAUCACCAACAGACUGAAAUAAGCAAGAAAAUCUCCAUUAGUGGAGGCUACCAAAUUAUGACCAUCAAUAGGAAAUGGCUGGUGGCAAGUAUUGAGCAGAAGACCAACCAUGAGUACUGGAAAACCAUCUGGAACUAUGACACAGGUUUUAUGGCCACCAAAGUGCUGCCAGAGAGAGCUUGCUACAUUUCCAUAAUGAACAGAACAGAGAUGCCCAGCUUUGAUGGACUUCCCCAGCUGGCUGCAGACCUCAGGAACCAGAGGCACCCAAGACCCCCUAGCAAGGAGAUCACCUUCACCCUCAUCAGGAGAGCCAUCCGUGACCUGCAAUCUUAUGGACCAGACAUCUUCUCCACGUGCACAGGGCUCUCAACUUAUGUGGCCUAUGAAGUUCAUGGACCCCAAUUCAAUCUUGGAUCGUGCCUCAAGCUCGAUGUCCUCCAGUAUUUGGCCCUCACCUACUGCCACAACGAUAACUUUGUGUAAAUCCUGCCUUUCCUGAGCUGCCGCCCGAAUCCAGCCCUGCUGGAAUCAUUCCCUGGCAUCUCUUCUUCCAAGAGAUUCCUUCCUGAGGACUGGGUGCUGGAACAGAUCAGUUGGUGAGCAGAGCUAGCAAUUAAAUUCCUUCAUCAUGGAAUAACUCCUGCCUGUUUGUCGUUACUCCACCCUUUUUUCAUCUAAGAGCACCUCCACGAAAAUAUUUUGCCCCAUUUUUUUUGCCCUUUCACUGCUCUUUUCAACCCAGCAGAGCCAGAGAGCAGGGUGUGUGUGGUACAAACAGGGAAUUCACAGUUUGGACAUUCCUUCCCUGCCUGGGGAAAGAUGCUGCUCAUUAAAAACCUAGGGGACACAAAAGGCAGAUAGGAAGAAGUGAAAAACAACGAAUUUAUCAUUUUUAGGGGAAGAGGAGUCUCCUUUGUGGGAUUUACAGAGUUGCUCUGUC